UUUGACUCUUGUCGAGGUCCCCUUUGCCUAACUACUUGGUCUUAGCCUAUACUACUAUGUUGCGGUGGACAUCUCGGAGCGCUCGCAAGGACCGUGAACAUACCCGAUCCUCGCAGUAUCAUGACCUUGCUGCGACUUCUUCUCUGCCUCCAUCAUGUCUAGUUACCUAGAAAUCCAGCCUUUCACUUUUGACCCUCGCCCAGAAUAUCCAUACUCGCUGUGUAUCAAACGCUACACUCAUCGAGACCUCUCUGCCGAGCCGGCUGAUACUGGCGCUAUCACUCUUAUUCUUACUCACGGAGUCGGGCUUCACAAGGAGCAAUGGGAGCCCGUUCUAGAGGACCUGUUUGGACUGCUGGGGACGGCAAAUAGUAUUGCUAUUGGAGGCGCGAAAUUGAAGAUCAGAGAGGCGUGGAGCGUUGAGCUACCGGACUGUGGCGAUAGUGUUCUCUUGAAUGAGAAAGCGCUGAGCGACGGUAAGGGGUGUCUCACUGACAGGUGGGAUAUGUAUGGUGAAGCUCUUCACAUGCUUUUAAGCGGCCGAGGAAAAGGUGUGGAAGUAGAUUUUCAGAGCCACAACCUGGUAGCCAUCGCCACAUCCGUGACUGCUUUAUCAAUUAUCAUGACUCGGAACUACUCGCCCACCAUUGACUGGCGCGCCGCCAUUCUUUUCGAACCUGUGCUACUCAGCUCCAAAGGUGAAUAUAAGAUGAGUAUACCCGAGGCGAAUAUUCGAGAUGCUUGGGAUGAGAGGAACGUGGAACUCUAUCAGAAAUAUGGUCGAAGAGGGACAAUUAUUGCUGGACAAUCAGAAAGAGUGGUGCACCCAAAAUUUUCCGCUACAAACUUACAGAGAACCAUGACCGCCUUCUGCGAGGCAGUGCCGACGCACCUUGUCUUCGGAAACAAAUACGAUUAUAUUCCCAGAGAUGACUGGGAUAUUCUUGUCCACAAGUACGCUGGCGACAAGCUGAAAACAGUGUCAGUCAUCGACGGUGCAGGUCAUCUGAUGAUACAGACCGAACCGGCCACCGUCGCCGAAACUAUCUGGUCUUGUUUGUGGCAUCCAUCAUCCAAAUUGAUCACAAGCGACCUCACCGCAGGCAGUGGCUCUCAUUCAGAACGCAAGUCAAGGCUGUGAUGGUUGAUGAGUUCAAAAUCUGGUACCCUUCGUCACGCUCUUAGGGUGCCGGUUUGCAUAUUGUUUCUUUAUGUACCUUGUUGGACCUGUAGCACUUAGCUGCUUUGUAACCAUGCUUU